CAGAAAAGGCACAGCUGUGUAGCGCUGCACUCAAUGCAAUAGAAUAACACCUGAAGCGUAACUACCAUCGAGGGACAAUCUUUUCUGAAUUAGUAUUGCAGUAUGGGAAUAUCUUCCUCCAGUCUUCUGGAUGAGAGUAAAUCCAACUACAUCAAAGGCCGGGCAGAUGCAGAGCUGGAAAGCUUCAGCCCUUUCUACAGGCGUCAAUACCUGGUGGCCUUCUUCUCCAAGCUGCAGGAUGAGGUGGAGCAGCACAAGCCGCGCCAGACCCAGCUCCUCAAGCAGAGGGAGCCCCCAAAGCCUGCAGAGGUCCUGUAUGAGGAGAAUGUGCUGUACUUUGAUGACACCAGGAAGUGGAAAGAGAGGUUUGUGGUGGUGCGAGCCAACUACAGCCUGGAGUGCCAUGACAGCUAUGAGACAUUCAUGAAAGGAGUUCCGCCCCGCCACAAGCUCCUUCCAACAGGGGGCACUGUGCUGACAUCAGAAGAGAAGUACAUGGUCAUGGUGGAUGCAUGUUUCCCCGACCUCAACAGUGUGAAGGAGGAGUUUGCGCCUCCCAUGGUGGGCAUGCCUGGGCAGUUCCCUGUGUACCUGCGGCUGCCGUACCGCAGGGACUCCUACUUUUGUUUUCGCGUGGAGGACCGCUGGACCCGCUUCAUUGCCAUCCUGACCGACUGCAUCCGUCACCAGAACCAGGAUUUCCUGAAGAAGACGGCUUGUGAGGUGCAGACCUUCCUGAAGGCGAUCCAGUUCUACAGAGAGGAGAAGGGUUGCUAUGAAUCAUGGGACAUGCUGAUUGGCAGCGAUGUGCGGGUUUUGGCCAACCAGGUGAUGGAGGAGUUAUUACCUGCUCUGCAGACCGAAAUGAUGCCCCGCCUGAAGGGGAGGAAGGCAGACAGGAAAAGAGCCUGGUUUGCGACCAUGGAAGCGGCCUACAUCCUAGUCCAGGAGCAGCUCCUAAAGGGGCUCACAGCCCUGAAGGAGGAGUGCAGGGAGAUGGCCAAGCAGCAGGAGCCGCGCAUUCGCUCCAACAUGGACCAGAUCGUCAGCUCACGGGACUUCCUGGAGGGGAAGCUGAAAGCCACGGUGACGGGGCGAGCGGAGAGCUUCUGCUUUGAGCACGUGCAGCCGCACCUGGCCUCCGUCCUGGAGGACCUCAUGGGGCCGAUCAGCUCGGGGUUCCAGGAGGUGCGGCUGCUCUGUGAGAGGCUGAUGGACCAACUCUGCCAGGGCUUUCAGGAGAAUUGCAAUGGCGAGGAGCUCAGGAAGUCUCUGGAGGGGAUGCGCAAGGCCAGCCUGCAGGGAUGUUACCAGCACGUGGACGUCCUCUGCGAGCAGCUCCAGGACCUCAACAGCCGAUACAACUUCUCCAACUGCAGCGGCCUGGUGCAUAGCACCCAGCUUGACAUGCAGCAGCUGAUGGAGAAUGCAGUGUACACAUUUGAGCUGCUGCUCCAAAUAGCCCUGAAGGACAAUCCUGCCAAGCCGGGCUCCGCCAUGGAAAAAGCCAAGCUACGGGUCCUGAAGCAAUAUGACUAUGACAGCAGCACAGUGAGGAAGAGGAUCUUCCACAAUGCUCUGCUGCAGAUCACCCUCCCUGCCCUCAAGAAGAACCUGGCACCCCAAUGCAAACCAGAAUUGCAGACAUUCGAUGAGUACAUCUUUGCUGACUAUACAAAUUUCAUACACAUGGAAAAUGUCUAUGAGGAUGUUCUCUUGCAGACCCUUGAAAGUGAAGUCAACAAAGUGGUUAAGGAGGCAGCCAGUCUGAAGAAACACAACCUCUUUGUGGAUGGUGCAGACAUGCGCCUCUUCAGCCAGUCCAGCCUGUAUGCCGGGACCCCAUCUGGAUCCACUCCCACCAGUCCAGCCAGUGCUGCUUGGUCCCAGUCACAGACACCAGCCUCUUCACCUCUGAGAAAUGGCCAACUGGAGAGUCCAGUGCAGAAGGAAACGACGACCACAACUGAAGGAGACACGGUGGAGAAGGCGGACAAGCUGAUCACAGCUGAGACAGAGGAAGGGGACGCAUCUAACACAGCUGAUGCUGAGAAGGAGAACACGCCCAAAACAGCUGAAGCUGGGAUUAUACCUAGCACGGCUGAAACUGAGACAGAGAGCUCACCUCACACAGCUGAAGCUGAGGAGAGCUUGCCUGGCACAGCCAUAGCUGAGAAUAACAUGCCAAGUGAAGCUGAAGAUGAGAAGAUUAGCACAGCCGAAGCUGAGGAGAACCUGCCCAGUGCAGCUGAAGCUGAGGAGAACAUGCAGCGUAGUGCAGAGGAAGCGCAGAAAGAGGCCAUACCCAGUGUCGCUGAAACAGAGAAAGAGGACACGCCCAUUGCAUCUGAACCAAUGAAAGAUGACAUGCUCAGCGUAGCUGAAGAGAAAGAGGACAUGCCAAGUAUAGCUGAAGCAGAGAGCAAGUCUAUGCCCAGUGUAUCUGAAGCAGGGAAAGAGGAUAUGCUCGGCAUAACUGACGCCGAAAAGGAGGACAUGACCAUUGCAGCUGAACCAAAGAAAGAGGAAAUGCCGAUUGUAGCUGAAGUACAGACAGAGGACAUGCCCACUACAGCUGAACCAACAGAAGAGCCCACACCCAGUGUAGCUGAAGUAGAGACAGUGGACAUGCUCAGUACAGCUGAACCAACAGAAGAGCCCAAUAGUGCAGCUAAAGUAGAGAAAGAGGACGAGGACAUGAACAUUCCAGCUGAACCUUCAACAGAGGAUACCCUUGUUGUGGCUGAAGCAGAGAAAGAGGUUACGCCCAGUUCAGCUGAACCAUCACAAGAGGACACAUCCAGUGUGUCUGAAGCAGUGGAAGAGGACACACGCCAUGAAUCUGAAGUGCAGAGAGAGGACACACCCAUUGCAGCUGAACCAUCAAAAGAAGACACAUCCAGCGUAGCUGAAGCAGAGAAAGAGGAUGAGCCUGGUGCCACUGAACCAUCAACAGAGAACAUGCCCCAUGGAUCUGAAGCAGAGAAAGAGGACAUGCCCAUUGAAACUGAGCCAUCAAAAGAAGACGCAUCCAGUGUAGCUGAAGCAGAGAAAGAGGACACGUCCAUUGCAGCUGAACCAUCAAAAGAAGACACAUCCAGUGUAGGUGAAGCAGAGAAAGAGGAUGAUCCCAGAGCAGCUAACACAGAGAAUGUGGAGACAGCACUGCAGAGUGACGCCCCUUCACCCUGCCCCAACACUGACUCUGCUGGAGAGCAGAACCUUUGUGCGGACACCAUGGUGUCACUGAGUCUUGAUGCUCCCCUGGCUGAGACCAAGGCUGACACCGGUCUUGUAACUGACAAGACUGCAGAGGUUAAAGACACUGAGGCCAAGGCUGUCCUCACACAGUCCCCGGAACAGGCUGUCACAGACACUGAAGAGCCCACGUCUGGUGAUUCUAACACUGGAAUGAUCAGUGAAGACUCCACCCAGUCAGAGGAAGACGGUAGAGUCAUCUCCCCAUGCGUCAAAGUGGCUGAGGAGCUUGAGGAAGGUGGUACAACUUCCUCUGGCACCUACUCCACAGAAGAGGCAACAGAGAGUGACGUUUCCCAGACCUCUGACCCCACAGAGGAGGGCACAGAAGGUAGCGCGGUUACCGUAAGCACUGAGCCUAUUUUGGAGGGCAAAGAAACAGAAGUUUGUUUCGAGGCCGGCACCACAGCAGAGGGGGAGGUUGUAGAAAGGAAGGUUACAGGUGUUACCCUAAACGCAGAGCCAGCCACGGAGCUUACAGAGAGCACCCUACACACUGCCGAGGUUUCUCCCAGUGUCAGACCCACAGAGGAGCCCGCCGAGGUGAAGCCGCAAGCCCUGGACUGCAUCAGAGAGAUCCGAGACUUGGUGGUGGAGAUCAUCGAAGUGGAGGAGCUCGUGCAGCACUAUCCAGAAAGCGGCAGUGCAUAAGUCCUGCAGCCAAUGAGAACAUAAACCACCGUGUAGAGGCAAGAGAGGGAGCCAGCAGAAACAAGCCAAUGCAGACCUAUGCCUAACAGUGGAAUUAUCGUGCCUGCAGUUACCUGUACCUGUGUUAUGGCUUCAGGACAAAGUGUAAUUGUACCUUUGCGUACCUUUUGAAGGGUACAAGCCUCAUGCACACUCAAUCAGAGCAUAAUAUUCCUUCAUCUCUCCCUGGACACAAUCACAAGAACAAUUCAGUGCCAUUUCUCUUGGAGGUGUGUACACAAACUGGAUAGGCUAUUCAAAGAGAUCCAAAAACUAGUGGUCUGGUUAGUCUGACAGGUAGCUGAGCUGAUAAAGUAGAUUUCUCAAGCAGAAGAAAAGGGAAAUCUAUUAGUUGCUUAGCCAAGUACCAGGUAUCUAAUGUGACAUGAAUACUUGUACUGUUAUGGUUAAAAGCCAUUGAUGUUUUUACAUAUAUUUUAGAUUAUUUGUAUUUUCACAUUUACUGGUUUAAAAAUGUUUAGUCUGACCGCUACAAGAAUGUUGCUAAAGGAUUAGCAGUCAUAAAAAUUACUGGAAUGUACAUAUUUAGUUUGGAAGAAGGUAGCUAAUACUAAGCGUAUCUAAUAUUUCACUUACUUAUGGGUAUUUGUAGCAUCAAGACACUACACCACAAGAUUCUGAUAAGAUUAAUUCCAAAGGAGUCCACUGACACCAUAGGGGCCAGUAUGCAAACGCUGUGGGAAACUCGCAGUCAAAGUGGCUCAUCGUGAAGAAACUAUGCAGUUUUCCUGCACGAGGGAAUGCGUGUUAUGCCAGAUGUGUAUCUUACCUCUACCGUGUAGUUGUGUAUUUGUCCUGCUAGCUAUGAGGACUCAAUCCUCAAGUUUCAGAGCUGCAAUUCUCAGUUCGUUGUGUGCCUGAACGAACACAAAGCGCCUCUGUCAAUGUAAGCCAGUUUACACCGCAAGGGAGAAGUUUUACUCAUAUGGAAGUUACGAAGUACUGUGAUUUGUCUCACUGCUGUGAGUUAAUUAUGAAUACACUAAGCAUGUAUAUGCAUUCUUGUCAUUCCCUUCUUGACACUCAAACUAUGAAUGUUGUACAAGUCAUGCAGCCGUCCAAAACCAUGCUUGUGGGGGGGGAUUCUAAUUUUAUUUUUUCUACAAUGAAGUAUGAACACAUUAUUUGUGAAGUCUCCCUUUUUGGGGUCCCAGGAGUGACAAUGACAUGUGUGUGGGUGUACUCCAAAAUCCUCCCUUGUUCCCUACUCGCCUCUGUCACUGAUCUCUCCAUUGCUCCUUGAUGAGAUCUUGGUUUUCUCAUGCUUUAUUAAAUCAUUCUCAUGAUUUAAUUCUCCUAUUAAAGCAGUCAGGGUAAAAUAAUUUUUUAGAAAAUUACCUUUAAGUGUAAAGGUUUAUCAAAGGGCACAUCAAAAUUGUGUUCAGUUAUUCACUGAGGAUUGGAACAGCCCUUUUAAUGACUCCUCUUCAGUGAAUGCAAGGCAGUGGUUUUAAAUGCAACAGACUUCUGUGAACCUAUCUGAAAUAGGAAAUGACCUUGAUCUGGAAUGCUCAGCUGAUUGUACAGCACAUUGUUAGGGGAGACCUGUUGGCCUUUCAUGGAAUUAUCAUAAUCAUAAUCUUAUUUAUUUGAGUAGCAACUAAAUUGGUA